GAUCUCACAAUCAGCUGUUUUGUACGUUCUAUAUUCUGAUCCGAGGAUCAGCUGGGCGCAGCAAUAACAUUACGAAAAUAUCUGCAGGAAAUUCGCUUUUAAAAAGCAGAUAUUGCAACCUUAACAUUCGUGUAAAGGGGAUUUUACACGUUGCACUUCUUCUAAGAAGAAUUAUCUUUUUAUUUUAUUAUAGUGUAAUAACUACCUCAUAUAAAAGCUACCUAAAGCUAUGCUUUAAGAUUUUACUGUCGUUUUUACUGUACGAACAUCACGUUUACAACUUGAAUACUGCAAAGGCAGGCCUUUGCUGAAAAAUACCAAGUGAAACCUUAAACUCACACUUCGAAAGCCCCUUUGACCCUUUCGGGAAUCUCGUGUCAACUAAGGGCUUUGAAACUAAAGAGGCCAACGCAGCGUUUUCCCAGCUUUUUAUUUUUGUUUGACCUUCAACCUGUUAAUCUAAGACCUUUGAGAAGAUUAAAAAAACCUACUUCGAACAAAGAAAGAUAUAUAAAAUAAGAAGAAAUAUUUCAAGAGGCAGCUUUUCUCUCAGGAUCACACGUCCACGUCGUCCAAGACCAACUUCACCCCUUUGUCGCCCCCUACUGGCCGGGCUAUGUUCCAGCGGCUCAGCAGUCUGCUCUUUGGUGAGGUGGAGGAUGUCUCUGCCGAACUCAGGGGCCCCAACCCGUGCGUGAGCGACGCUGACGAGGAGGGAUGGCUUCUGGUCAGCCUGCCGGAGAACAAUGAUUGUGUGAUGCUAGGUGAGGGUGGUGCGGAGGCGCCCUCGAUAGCUCAGUCCCUCCCCGAUGCCGAGGACUGUCCCAUGGCCGACACCGGCUCGGAGCCCCAAUCCACCCUCCUCCACUCCACCACCCCCACCGUCCAACCCUCCUCCUCCGCCUCCUCGUCUCGUCCGUCUGGCAGCCGCCGCAGGACUAAAGCCAGCAGGGCCCGAGCGGCAGCAGUGUCGGCGGCGGCGACGGUGACGGCGGUGGUGGUGGACCCCUCUUCCCAACCCCACCAUCCCCAUCCCCAUCCUCCUCUCCCUACCUCUACGUCCUCCUCCUCCUCCUCUUCACCCACCCCUCACCCUGCCUCCUCCUCCUCCUCCCGCUCCUCCGCCGGGUUAGUGGGUGUGAGUGGCGCCCCGCUGCCCAGCUCCUCCUCCUCUGUGCGCCGUCGCCCACGCGGCUCGGCGCCCGUCUCGCCGGGCUCGUGGAGCAACUGCAGUGGCGGCAGUGGCAGCAGCGGUGGGCUGGAGCGCCUCUGUGGCAUGGACGAGAGCUGGUUUGUCACCCCUCCCCCCUGUUUCACUGCAGAGGGAGCCACGGCCGAGGCCAGCCCCAUGGAGGACCUGCUCAUCGAGCACCCCAGCAUGUCCGUCUACGUCUCCCCCGGCAACCUGUCCAUGGUGGAGGAGAGCGCCGGCAGCCUGCCCACCAGCGUCAGGAUGUCUGAGUCGGCAUCAGCAGCGACCCUCCCCGCCCCUCGUGCCAGCCUCCCCCCGCGGGUGACCCGUGGUGCGGCAGCCCAGGCAGGCGCCCUGACCAAAGUGACCCAGGUGGCGCGCGUGCAGCGCUCCAAGAGCCGCGUGGAGCGCCGUCAGCUGGCGCGCACCCGCAUGCAGCGCCAGAACCGUGCCCGCGAGCAGGUGCCGCGUCACGCCGCCCAUGCCCGCAAGAGCUUCCUGCACCAGCCGUGCCAGCGCAACUUCUGCCACUAAGACAUGGGUGUGCCACGGUGGGGACGGGGGUGGCCACUGAGGCCGAUUGCCCCCUCCAUCACCCCGGCUCAAACACCCUGCCCCUCUCUCCGAAGCCCCCCCCCCCCCCCCCCACACAACACCAGAGAAGUGGAAUCCAUUACUCAGAGGGCAUUAUCAAUACCCACCCUCCACCCUCACCACCCCCUCAAACUCUCCUCCCCAACACUUCAGCAGUAGCCCAUAGAUAUAAUCCACAUUAUUCACAUAUUCAGUGAUAGAGCCUGCACAUAGUCCAAACCAGUAGGAAUAUCUUUAGUAGUGCGUAUGUAUCUGUGUUGUUGUUUUAGGGUGAAUUUGUGAGAGCAGUAGCCGCAACCGUCCACAUCAGCCAUUUAUUUUCCCUUUACGAAUGACUCCAUUACUACUUUUUGUUUUUAGUUUACUCCCACCAGACCACUCUUGGAGAUAGUAAGUCAGUAAGCAUACUCUAUAAUGACUUUUAAUGAUGUCAGAAGCAAGCUUCGCUUUCGUCGUUUGCUCAAAUGUCUCACACACCGUAAUGUACGUAGUCUAGCUGCAGGCUCUUCCACAGUGAGAGGUGCAUAGGAUUAGCAUGGAAAAUAGAGAUCUUUUAAAUGCACUGUUUCUCCGUUAUGUACCAUAGAAGGCUAACCGGAUGUUUAAGCUGGUUUCUUUCCCUUGGUGCUGUAGUGAAAUGGAGUGGAGGCACUAGGUGGUGGCAGCCUGACUAAUAUAAGGCAGCCCUGCUCGUAAACAUGAUCAUUUUUGGUCUGCGUAUUCACGUAUCAUGCAUUUUACUAUCAGUGACUUGUUAUGAAGUGAGAGCAUAUAUCCAUCUGAAGGUGAUCAAAAUGAUGGUGACUUUGAUUAUGUAUGUACUGCCAUGUGCCAGAGAGUGAUCAGAGAGGCAUUGAAAAGCACUUCAGUGUUAGACUGCAAGAGAGUGUGGAUGGGCACUGGGUAUCCAUAGGACAUCUCACAUCCUUUAUUUGCUUUUUUUUUGGGAAGAGAAAAUAUUUGCUUUUGAGGUCACAAGCUGAAUUAUUAUUAUUCUUUUAAGAUGAAACCUCAAAUAAUUGGGUUGGAUACACCAAGGUGGUGUGUGAGUAAGGCUGGUAAAAACAAUCUUGAAUGUCUUUAAUGUUCACGACAUUUCACAGAUGAAAAAACUCAGUUGAGUCCUUAACAGUAAUAAAGGCAUAGAAAUAGCCGGCUAUUUAAUCAGCGCACACCACAUGUUAAAGAGGGUUAAAAAAAAGCAUGUAGAGGAAGGUGAGAGUGGGGAAUGCCACAAAGUAAAGAUGUCUUUGAUAAUGAUUUUGAACGAUUAUGGUUUACAUCACCAUGCAGUGGGUGGAAACAGUAAGAGUAACUAGUAAGUCAUGCAGCCUUCAUGCAGCUGAUGGUUGAAAGGAUGUUUUUUUUUCUCCACACUUGCAAACAUUCCCAUCAGCACAAUAACAGAUUGUUACCUGCAGUGCCAUAGCACAAAAUGAUGGGAGAUCAGUCCUUACAAGACAAUUCUAGUCAGUGAAUGUAUGGAAUACACUGUCCCUCUACCUGUGACGAUGACCACCACAGGCCUAAACCAGUAUGUUGCUGUGGGCCGGAUGCUGCAUUAUAGGCUGCAGGGUAUGAUGGAGAUAUAGAAGGUCGAGGAUGGAAUUGAGGGUGACUCUUUAUUUUGUUUUGUUAUUUCGUUUUUUUUUACAUCAUGAUUAUUCUUUAGGAUUUGACCUAUUUAUGACUAUGGAGACUGGUGCUUAUCCUGCCCUCUAGCUGUUGAAACGUGCACCUUCAGUGCAUACUUUUCCUUUGUUGUAACCGAGGUCUUGGUGCAGGCAGCCUCACAACUCGGAAGAAACUGCCUUACGACAACAACAAUUGCAGUUCUGCAUAGUCCAAGAAAUCACAUUUAUUGCACCUAAAAGCAAAUUCUCAGAAGGAGGAAAAAACAACAUCAGGUGGUACCUUUCAAACACUUCAGAAAUAAGUCAUAACAUCACCAUUCAUGACUAACUCAUUUCGUCUCUCUCCUGAGGAGAAAUCACAAUUGUGGGCUUACUGUCGUCCAUGUUUGCUAUGUAUGCAUUACCUCAACGUUAUACAGCCGAGCUUUGGUGCAAAGCUACUGCAGUCUGUCUGAUGGGGUUGCAGAUUGUGGACGCAUCACGUAUGAACAGACUCUAGGCUCCUCUCUAUACCAUUAUCCACCAGUGUUAUGUACUCCCUCUCCCAUACACACACACCCCAGUAAACCCCCACCCACCCCCACCCACCCGCAUCUCCCUGCUCCCUUACUUAGCAGACCUAUGUGUGCUGUGACAACUGUCCACCACAUGGGAGAGCUAUACAGCGUAUACAUGUGUGUACAAUAAUAACAAUUAGACUAAUCAUGGUGCUGAGGUAUAUGAGUCUAUAUACUAAAAAAAAAACCUUUGUAAAUUAUUUCGAGAAGUGGAUGUACGUUUGCACUGUCUAACAUUUUAAAAUGGUGAGUCGACAAAUUGUACGUAGGCGUGUGUGCGAGUGGCGUGCUGAAUGUGUUACAAAUGCCUGUGUGGGAUGUCAAGACCUGUGAGUGAGCAAAAUGGUAUGCUGAGAUGCACGACUUAAGAUAAAAACAAAAAAAGAGUUAUGGUAUAGUAAUUUAUUUUUCAUGUUCAUGUAAAUAAUUCACUGCGUCAUACAGUUUGAUGUCACUGCUUUUUUGUUUUUCUUUUCUUUUUUUUGACCGCUCACAUCCCCUGUGAUUUCUCAGCUCCGCUUGCUGAAGUAUGAAUUGUAAACUGAGGCCUUCUUUUAGAGCAGAUUGUCUAUGUUCUCCCGGGCACUAUAUUACUUCUCUGUGUGUAAUGAGUGUGUGGUAUGAAUUUACUCAAAAUCCUCCCUUGUGUAUGUUCUUAUUUCUUUGUUUUGUUCUUCAUUUUAAUUUGCAGACAGAUUAGAUUGUUGGGUUGGUACCUGUCUGUUGUUACACCAACACCCCCUGAAUGGGCAGAGUGAUGCUGAUUUAAAAGGAAAAAAAAGAUUUAUUUUUGUUUAUUUAGACUUUGCUUGUUAUGAUUGUGUGCAUGUUAUAUUCAGUUUGCUUCACCUCUGUUUCAGUGUCUUUUUAAUCUCAUGCUUAACACCCUCCUUUCUGUUAGCUGUCAACCAAUGUUAUAACAGAACGAAAUAUGAACUUUAAAAAAUAAUAUAAAAUUAUAUACAUAUAUAAUAUCUAUAUAUAUUUGCCCAUUUAUUUUGUUGACCAUAUGUAUCCUAUGAUUUGGCCGUGUGGAGAAUGUGGUGUAUGUGACUCAACAGUGAAUCCUGAAUCUAGAAGUAAAAUCAAACGAUCGUCAAGAUCCUCACCCUAUGGGAGUUCUCAGCAGUGGAUCCCUUCUAGUGAUCAAGUGAUCCUCUCCUCCCUCCUAUUGGCCCUUAUUUUAGCCCAAUGGGGUGCCUGUCAGUCAGAGAUCAGGGACAAUAUUUCUGGGAUUUUACCACUACCUAGUAUGUGUCAUAAUGAACCACCAAUCAGAGAAGGGGAGGUCGCUUAGAUCCACUAGAUCCAAUGGGAUCCACUGCCACAUUGUUUCUCUUGCUCAUUCUGCUUUCCUUACUACGUAUGUGGCUAUGUUCCCUGUUGUUGGUGUCAAGGGUUCAUGAGGGCUUGUUAGCCUCCAUGUGAAGAGAGUAGACAUUGGGGACUGUAGAUACGUGAGUGUGAGUGUAUUUUGUGUGUACGUACAGUAUGUUUGUUUUUAGCCAGUGUGUUUGUUGGGGGGUCCGGGGAUAGAUAUUGAUUUUAAAAGUAUAUGCUGUUAUGAACCAUGAAAAAAAAACAACAAAA